GGCUACCAAACAAUUGUCCAAAAAGCGCUGCAGUUCCCAAAAUAUAAUCUUGAGAAUGCGUCGUGUUUUAUGUUAUUGAUACAUGCACUGUAUUCAGUUGAUGCUGAAGUGAAUUGCAUGUAUUUUUCUGAAGCAUAUCGAUACGACCUAUGGGAUGAUGUCAUGCCGAUAAGUAUCGGAAUUUAAAUUGUUUACCUUGCAAACGAAACGGACAUUGCGACCGAAAGUGGUGGUGCGGCUGUGCCUGUACUGUCUGUGUGUGUUGAUUAGGCCUAAUUUCGAUAUUUUGCUUCCUGUCUGCAUUAUCUGACAUAAUGUUGACCUGACAGUGACCAGUUAGGAGAGAUUCAUAAUGGCAUCUUUUUACAAAUGACUGGGAAGCACCUUGGGACUCAAGUGACAGUCGAAGUGAUCACAUGUUCAUCAAGGUUCAGUCAGAUUAUUAAAAAUUAAACGCCGGGCAUGAAACAUACUUCUGGUCAACACAGUCAGUCUGUCAACUGCCACUUGUGCAUGUCCUUUCUGAUGUUGUGCCACUGAAAAAAAUGCCUGCUGUGAUGAUGGUCAUAGUUGAUGCAGCCGAUUAAGUGACUUGCCAGGUUUUUUUCAGAUUAGAAAGAUGGCUCAGGAUUAUAGCCGCAGUCUUCUGAGAGUGUCUGUGGCACAGAUCUGCCAGAAUCUCGGAUGGCACUCGGCUCAGAACUCCUCCCUGGAGGUGCUCACUGACGUGCUGGAGAGGUACAUACAGAAAAUUGCCGGCACCUGCCACAAGUAUUGUGAGCACUAUGGCCGUACUGAAGCCAACCUGGAUGACUUGGGAUUGACUUUUCAGCAGCUGGGUAUCAGUGUGUCGGAGCUGGAGGAUUAUGUGCGACAUGUAGAUCCUUUGCCCUUUGCUCAUGAAGUGGUAGCUUUUCCAGCAGCCAGAUCAUCAGACCUGGGGUUCCCUAACCCCAGAAGUCGCGAAAUUUUGCAGCACAGAGAGGAGCAUGUGGACGACCAUUUGCCAUAUAUGUACCCCAACAUGAAGGACGAAAUCCCGGAAGAAAAACCGGCAGUCCCGGCAGUAAUACCCGAAACUCCCAUCAAGAGUGAGCCGAAUUCUGAAGAGAAGAACGGGGAGGAAGAACUGGUGAACGAGAAAAGAAUAGCAUCAAGUACCACUCCAGAGGGGCCCCCGGUGAAGAGACAGAGAUUGGCCAACUCGAACCUGCCGGAGGAGGCGGGCCACUCUCACUACGAGAUGACCUGUGUGUUCCUCAACCAGAACGGCGUGCUCACCACCAGGCAGGGCUGUCAGGGCAAGAAGCCGGAGCCACGCAUGCCUCCGCCCAACCCACACACCCUCUCGGAGGGGGCCAACAAAGAGAACUCCGGCAAAACCAAAGAAUCUGGGAACAGCGCAAAGAUUUCUGUCGGUGGAGGGGGCAUUGAUGCUGAGCCCUCCGUCAACGGGAAGAGUGGUGGGAAGAGCAGCAAGAAGAAAAUGCACAAGAAAAGUUCCGGGCUCCAGUUCAGUCAUGAACAGGCGGCUAAAACAGCUCUAGAGAUGACAGGAAAGGAAAUUGGGAAGAAAUCGGCCAGUAGCAAAGCUGCUGCAAAAUUCCUCAAAAAGCUCACGUCGGGAAAGAAGUCUGCGAAAUUUUUCAGUAAAUCUAGGUUCAAAGAUCUUAAAGUGUCCGAUCACCUGAAAGACGGGCAGUCCUCUGAGAAGCUGAAGAAGUAUCUCUCGCAGGGCGAUGAGGAGAGGGAUGGUAAGAAGGGGAGCAAGAAGACGAAAAAGGAGAAGAAAGCGAAUGUGAUUGACUCUGACGAGGAGCUGAGAAACCUGUGCUCACCAUCAUCUUCUCGCGAGCCCUCCCCAGAACAGGGUAUUACUAACGAUAGUGAGGGAGGAGCGCAGAAGAAAGCUCGCCUCGACGCCAUUAACGAUAGUAUUAAUGCUGUUCUGCGGGACGGCCCGGCCAAACCAGGACGGCCGAGGAAGAAGAAGAAGGAAGGAGAGGGCAAGAAGGGAGAAACGAAGUCACAGAACGAGGAGUCGUCCUCCAAGCCAGAUGCUAGCGUGAAAAAUAAAGACAAAGACAAAAAGGUGAAGAAGAAGCCUGGGAGGAAGCCGAAAGAGAAGGCUCCAGACCCACCACCCGUCGAUAUCAAGCCAUUUGUGUCGGACAAAUAUUCCUCGGAGGAGUUGCAGGUUUACGAGUUCAACGACAGUCCCCCCGACGCCAGCAUGAAGUCGCGACGCCCCAGUGCUGCGGGGAAUUCCUCACCUCCUCACCCUCCUCCUCCUCCUCCUCCCCCACCUCCACCAGCGCCCACCCCUCCUGCUCACACAAGCUCCAAAUCGGAGCAGCACUCGUCCAGCACAACGAAGCAUCACUCGUCGUCAUCGUCCAGCUCUGGCCCCUCUGGCGGUCACAAGAGUCACCACAAGUAUGUGCCACCGGAGGACGAUCUGUUCGCUCCGGAGAUCAAACUGGAGUCAAGGGCAGAUCACCACGACAGUGGGAAACCGUCGAAGCAGGAGUCAAAGUCGAAGGUGGACAAGAAGGAGAAGACAGAGGAGGAGAAAGGGAAGUCCAAAUCAAAGGAGGAGAAAGGGGAUAGGGGGAAAGAGAAGAAAGAAAAAGUGAAGGAUGAGAAAGAGAAGGACAAGGCCAGUGACGCAAAGGGGGACAAACACAAGGAGAGAGAACACAAGAAGGAUAAAAAAGAGAAAAAAAGGGACAAAGAGAAGAAGAAGAAGCAUAAAGAGAAGGACAGAGAAAAGGAGAAGGAGAAAAAGAGGGAAGACAAAGUGAAGGUGAGAAUCAAGCAUGUGAGUAUUGUGAACCUUUCUCUCUCUCCCUUGUGCCCUAGAAGUGAGUAGUGUCGGUCGGCUGUGCUCUCUGAGGCAGUCUCACCCACUAACCCGAUGUGUACUGCGUUUUCUCCCUUGUGCCUCUAGAAGUGAGUAGUGUCGGGUGUGUGCUCUCUGAGGCAACCUCACUCACUAACCCGAUGUGUGAACCUUUCUCUCUACCUUGUGUCCGUAGAAGCAGGGCUGCCAACCAUUCCGUUUUUUUCGUAAUCAUUACAAUUUUUUUAGCCUCACUGCGAAAUUCCGAUCUUAAGGCGAUUUAUUACAAUUUCUACCGUUACCAGAUUUUUGGCUAUAAAAAAAAUAUUUUUGGUUCUUUUUUCAUUUUACAAGUCUUAGUGCAGACCUGUAAAUCGUCUGCCAAUGGUCGGAAAACCGCCAAUCUUUAAAUCAUCCCCCUGCCCCCCUCCCCUAAAAAAAGGAACAGCUGGCCCACUUCACGCGAGUUAGUCUUGCCCACAAUAAUACCGUACACGAGUAGAAGCAUUGUUCGUCGUAAUAUAGUAAUUUGAAAAUGAGAGCAUUAUUACGAAUUUUUAUUGGAAAUUACUAAUUUUCUUUAUGGUCAUUACUAAAAUCCAUGGAGAUGGGUUGGCAGCCCUGUAGAAGUGAGUAGUGUUGAUAGGCUGGGCUCUCUGAGGCAGCCUCACUCACUAACCCGAUGUGUGCUGCAUUUUAUCCCUUGUGCUGUGAACCGUUCUAGUCCUAGUCCCCGUGUAGUUGGUGUGUGAUGGUCUGCUCCUCAUAUUUCUUUCAUUUCUCUUUAGAAAUGUUUGUAGCUGCUUUGGUAGUAAAGGUCUACCUGAGCCCUCUGUUCGGAACUUAUAUGACCAAGUGGGUGGUUGGCAGGUGCUCGAUGUGAUUUGCUCUCCUUCUUUCCUGUCAAAC